AUGGCAUCUCUCCUCCUACGCGUGGCACAGCCAAGUGUGUCCUUCACCUGCCGUAGAACUGCUCAUCGAACAUUCUCUUCAGCCAUGGCUCAGCGACGCAUUGCGAACCCCGCCCUCUUUAUCUGCGAUCUUCAAGAGAAGUUCCGUCCUGCUAUAUAUGAAUUCCCCAAAGUCGUUUCGACUGCACAGAAGCUGCUCAAAGCAAGCAAAUUACUGAACAUUCCCGUAUUCGCAACAACCCAGAACAGAGCGCGAUUGGGCGAGACAUGUCCGGAGCUGAAGUUGGAUCAGCCCGAUGGCAUCAAGACAGUCUGUCAUCUUGACAAGACACUCUUUUCUAUGAUAACACCAGAAGUCAAGCAAGCCCUCGACUCACUCAAUGCCUCCGGUCCACUCUCCUGUAUCAUCGUCGGCAUCGAAAGCCACAUUUGCGUCACCCAGACCACACUCGAUCUCCUCCGAUCCGGACACAAAGUAUAUGUCAUUGCUGAUGGCGUAAGCUCCUGCAACAAGGAGGAGGUGCCCGUCGCUUUGGCGAGGCUGAGGCAUGAAGGUGCCGUGGUCACUACGAGCGAGAGCUUCAUGUAUGAAUUUGUUGGAGAUGCAGGAACGCCUGAGUUCAAGGAGAUCAUCAAGGUGGUCAAGGAGACGUCGCAGAGCACAAAGGAGGCAAUGCAGACACUCUGCAAGAUCUAG